AUGCUAGAUGCGCCAGCACAAGGCGCCACAACAGCUGGCCAAAUACGUGGGAGUGCACGACUGCACCUGUCCACGUUCGCGGACCUCAGAAAUGCCUACCCGUACAUGCUGGCCCAGAUGACGCACAGGUAUGAAACUACGAUGACGUAUACAAGGCCGAAGCUUCUGUCUGACGCCACCUUCGCUGGUCAGGGGAAGUGGAGUGGCUACUGGCGAGCGGGAGCCCCUCGUACCUGGCAGGAACUCGGGGACACGUUGGCGGAGAUGCUUACGUUUGGCCUGCUGGGCGUCCAAAUGUACGGCGUCGGUGCCUGCAACCUGGCGGACGUGGCGAGAGAAUCGGAGGCCGAGCUCUGUCUGCGAUGGUUUUCCCUCUCGACGUUCUUCCCCGUUCACCAAAGUCUCGGAAAGGGGACCACUGCUAUCCAGAGGCGCGUGACAACGCAGGCGUUGAAGGCCACCGCUCUGCGGCGAUUCUUGCUGCCGUACGCCUACACUCAGAUGGUGAAGGCGGCGUGCGGCGGAGGCACGCUGUCGCGGCCUACCUAUAUCGAUUUUCCGGGGGAUCCGAAGACACACGCGCAUCCCAAGCAGUUCAUGUUCGGACCAAGCCUCCUGGUCGCUCCACAGAUGGAGGCGGCUUCGACUCUGCUGGAGGUGUACUUUCCGGCAGCCCAAUGGUACGACUGGUACAACAGCAGGCGCGUCGACAGCCGCGGCCAAGUGGUUUUUGUGCCGUCCCCGAACACCACCGUUGCCCUGUUUACCCGAGGCGGCAGCAUCAUAGCGGGCAGGGCACUCAACCGCUCUUUAACCGACAUUCACCUCAUAGUAUCGCCGGACAGCUCGGACUACGCGUACGGAGAGCUCGUCAUCGAUGAUGGUGUCAGGCCAGGAACAUUUUUGACCGGUCGCUACUCCAUGUUUCACUUCUCCUACAUGAAGGGCAUCCUGACGGGCCACUGCUCGUCAUGCAAGUGGAGCGCGACCCUCCGAGCGGCCACGGUGUUUGGCGUCCCGGGUCCAGGCCCAGCUCGCGUAGUACUCAACGAGAGGCCGCUCAAGUUCGCCUACGCGCGGGAGACGCUGUACCUGUUCGACAUCGGUCACAAGCUGCGCCAGCCUUUCGCCAUCACGGCUGCAAGGGUCUGA